AUGUCUGAAGGGCCGACUCGAUUGUACGUGGGCCGUUUGGCACCAAACGCCACGCGUGACGAUCUCGCGGACCUCUUUAGAAACGUCGGUCGCAUUGUCGAUAUCCGUGUUCUGAACGGUUUUGGCUUUGUUGAAUUUGGCGAUGCUCGCGAUGCGGACUAUGCUGUGCGCGACUUUGAUGGUACCAUGUUCAUGGGUGACCGCAUCAUCGUGCAGCCUGCCAAGCAGCCUGCGCGUCGCGAUCGCGACCGGGACGAUUACGGCCGUGGACCGCGUGGCCGUGACCGCGACCGCGAUGGCUACGGCCCACGCGGUGGCUAUGAGCGUGGCCCACGUCAACCACGUGGACCUCGUCGUGGUCAGUACCGUUUGAUCAUUUUCAACCUGCCGGAAGGCACGAGUUGGCAGGAUCUCAAGGACAUUGGUCGCGACCAUGGUCAUGUCACCUUCUCGGACAUCAACCCGGCUCAUCCUGAUGAGGGUGCCCUGGAAUUCGACAACCGUGACGACUAUGAGCGUGCCCUUGCUCGCAUUGAGGGUACGGAGUUCCGUGGUGUUCGUUUGCGUGUUGAGCCGGAUGGCGAAGUUCCCCCACCACUACCUGCCGAUGAGGGCUACGUCGACCGCCGUGAGCGCAGCCCUGACAGUCGUUACCGUUACGAUGACUACCGUUCUGGUGAUCGCUACCGUGAUGAGCCGCGUGGUGAUCGCUACCGUGGUGACCGUUACCGUAGUGACCGCUACCGUGACAACCGCUACCGUGACAACCGCCGCGAUGCGCCUCGCGAGGAGCCUGAGGCACCUACCGAUGCGCCUCCAGCACCGGUGAAUGAGGAAGGCAGUGACGUGCCGCCGCCACCGCCCCAAGAGGAGGCGCCUGCUGCGCCUGUGCCUGCGGACGAACCUGCCUCGGAACCUGUGGCCGAGCAUGCUGAGCCCACUACGGAGGAGGCGGAUCCUGCACCGGCGCCGGAGGCGGAGACGGCAGAGCCUACGGAACCGUAA